AUGGGCAGCCGUCUCCGGGCCGCCACGGCCGCCGAGGGGGCGGACCCAGACUUUGGAGCCGUGACUGGGCCGCCACCUCGACGCAAGCAACGCCGAGAGCCCUCUCCGCUCACUGCGCCGCCGGCGCCAGGCUCGGGUUUCUCAGGGCUGCGGCCGUGGCCGACCGCGGCCGCCCACGUGUAUAUGCCGCCAUUCCUCUACUCGGUGCGGGCGGAGGUUGAGGUGCCCUGA